CCAUCACCUGCAUUCUCUUACCUUAUUUGUUUGUCUGAUAUCCAACAAACGAGUGACGUCAUCAUGGUUGCCGGCGGCGAGUAUCCGGCGGUGCCAACACACGGCGGGCAAUACGUUAAGUAUAACAUCUUCGGGAACCAGUUCGAGGUCCCCGCUAAGUACACCCCUCCCAUUACGCCAAUCGGGCGCGGCGCCUACGGGAUAGUCUGCUCUAUGUUGAACGCGGACACGAACGAGAUGGUUGCGAUUAAAAAGAUCUCGGACGCUUUCGACAAUUGCAUGGACGCCAAGAGAACCCUCCGCGAGAUCAAGCUUCUUCGCCAUUUUGAUCACGAAAAUGUGAUAGCUCUAAGAGAUGUAAUUCCUCCACCAUUGAGAAGGGAAUUCAAUGAUGUCUACAUUGUGGAGGAGCUCAUGGACACGGAUCUUCACCAGAUAAUCCGAUCCCAUCAGAGUCUAUCCGAAGAGCAUUGUCAGUAUUUUAUGUAUCAGGUCCUUCGCGGGCUAAAAUACAUACAUUCAGCAAACGUCAUUCACCGGGACUUGAAGCCGAGCAACUUGUUGCUAAAUGCAAACUGUGAUCUCAAGAUAUGUGACUUCGGUCUAGCCCGGACAAACUUGGAUAAUGCGUUCAUGACCGAGUAUGUGGUUACCAGAUGGUACCGGGCGCCCGAGCUGCUUUUGAACACUUCGGAUUACACUGCAGCUAUUGAUGUAUGGUCUGUCGGUUGCAUCUUCAUGGAGCUUAUGAACAGAAAACCAUUGUUUCAAGGAAAAGAUCAUGUCCAUCAACUGCGCUUAAUAACUGAGCUUCUCGGCACGCCAAGCGAUUCUGAUAUUGGGUAUAUUCAGAAUGAAAGCGCAAAAAGAUAUAUCAGACAACUUCCCUGUCAUCCAAGCCAGCAGCUAGCAAGAGUUUUCCCACAUGUUCAUCCUUUGGCCAUUGAUCUUGUGGAGAAGAUGUUAACAUUCAACCCCUCAAAAAGAAUCACAGUUGAGGAAGCCCUAGCUCACCCUUACCUUGCCCAAUUCCACGAUGUAUCAGAUGAACCGGUCUGCCGGGUUCAGUUUGCAGAUUUUGAGCAAAAGGCAUGCGGGGAAGAGCAGAUUAAAGACAUGAUUUACCAGGAGGCAUUGGCAAUGAAUCCAGAAUAUGCAUAAGACAGACUCCUAUAAUUUCUUCUCCUCUCUCUUGUCCCUACCCACCCCACUCAUCCCUGAGAUCUAAGGGUGCGGUCAUCGGCAUGUGUGUGAUGUUUUUUUUUUGUCACUAAAUACGUUUAUGUUUUUUUAUUCUUUGCACUGUGGUAUGUAUCUUGCAUGACCACAUUAAAGCAUAGUUUUCUUUGUGCUAGAGCUUCAAAUGAAAACUUCAUAAAUAAAUUAGAGAAUUAUUU